UCGUCCUCUCCGAUAUCAGGUUCUACUUCUAGCCCAGAUUCCAGUUGCACUAUUGAGGUACGUUAACUAUACUUAAGACUAAUUUGAUCAUGAAUAAACACAUGAACUACGAAGAACAAGUCAUUCGAUUAUUCAAAUAGCAUUUCUCCAGAGUUCUCAAACUCAUUGUGACCCCUUUCGGUCUAGGUAAUCAAGAACCACAUUUGAAUCGAUCCCAUGCCGAUUACGCUUCCCGCCACUGUAAUCAGAUGUAUCAAAUGCGUUGUCCCAUAAUAAUAAUAAUCAUCAUCACAGCUUUCGGCUCCCUCCUAAUACACUGAAAAUCAAAUAAAACUUCACGUUCAAAGCUCAUGCACGUUAAGUACACGCGCUCGCUCCAGACGACACGCGUUCAGGCAUGAAGUUCCUUCGGCUAGACGACGCUCGUGAAAUUAUUCCCAUCGGAUGUCGUUUGCUUCGCCUGUUCGGUUUGGGCAACAACGAACGCUUCAAGCUCGUAUACUGGAUUCAGAUUGCUAUUUAUCUGGUGUUUAGCCUCAUACCACGGUUUCUACUUCAGCUCGACGAUACGGUGAUGGUGCUUCGAUUCAGUUCCGAGAUUAUGUUCAUUUCGUACUUGUGCUUUCAAAUGGUAGCACUCUACUUCCGACGUGCCCACCUAUAUCAGCUGGUCGAUAUGCUGAAGCAGUGCGCCGGCCAACCGUGCUCGGAGGACAUUCAAGCGUUCUUCAUUCGAUCGAACGUCAAAAUUAACAAAUCCUCUGUGUCGUACGUGAGAUUUUUCCUGAUUCUCUACAUCCUGUACUGUACGAUGGCUCCGAUAGCAUCGAUCGGGGUGUACAUGCGCAAUGCGCGGAACGAGACGAGUGAGAAGGAAGAAUUUAUCAUAUCCUCAGAAAUGAAGUUCGUGCUCCGAAAUGAUAUUAGAGUUGCUAGUAACUGGUUAACAAUCUUACUACUUGUUACAGCUUGUACUAUUUGGACAUUCGUUACAAUCCACUGCACUACUCGAUCUAUGCGGCAAGCAUAUUCGUACUAUCCGGAAUAUCUUCGCUCUCCUUGUGCACCAAGGAUGUAGUGGACAUUGCUGCCAUUAAGACGACCACGCUAAUGUUCCAGUUGUCGGCGAUGCAGAUUCGAGAACUCUACGGUCAAUUCACCCAGAAGCAGCUCAACAAAGCGAUCAACAUGCAUCGGGACACGCUGCUGUGUAAGAAAAAGUUGCAAGACGCUCUAAAUCUUUCCCUACUGUUUCAGCUCGCAUGUUGCAGCGGUAUCUGGUGUUUUAUGAUGUUUUACAUCCUGUUAAUGGUUCGUGGCCUGGAAUUCUUGUCCGACGCACGCAGACUGAUUGAUGCCUUCUUGCUCUAGGGAUUGGAUUCGCGAAUUUUAAAUCUUGUCGUACUGCUGGUAA